UUUUGUCACAGUGACGUAAUAAUAGUCAAUCAGUCAGUGUGUUGCCAACUUCUUGUGCGAUCCGACGAUGAAACGAGCUUUUGUAUCGAUUUUUCUUUUUGUAGCGCUUGGUCUCAUGACGUCCUUUUAUUUGGUUGACGCCGGUUGCGAAGGAAAGUCUUCGUGUGGAGACUGCGUCAAAGACGUCGAGUGCUAUUGGUGUAAGGAAAAUGGUAAGGACGGUGGGAAUGAUACUGAAACUUGCAUCAAAUCGUGGAAGCCAACGGGUUGCGAUGAUUUCUACGUUCUCACUUGUAAUGUUGAUGGUGUGAUUUGGGUGUCUCUUGCUGGAGCGGGAGCAGGUCUUGUUCUGCUGUUUCUUAUUUGCUGUAUUGUGUACUGCUGCUGCUGCCGUGGAAAGGCCAAGCGUCAGCGACAGUUUGAGAUGAGGGAGAAGGAGGAUGCAAGUCGAAGGCGUGACAUGAAGGACAAACAGGAUUCGAGGAGAGCUGAGAGGAAGGCGAAGAAUGACGCAAUCAGGAAGAAAUAUGGUCUCUACAAGGACGAUGACGACAAUGAUGGCAACAAUGGUGAUAGUCCAUUCUCAAGCACUGGAACAGCUGGCCGCUACCAACGCUUUGACUAAACGUUGCAUUUGCUAUGUAGACUAGAACACUAAUUUCAAUUCAUUGUAUUUGUGACUGUGGGAUAGGAUGACAUGGUAAGCAUUGCUAAUUUAGUUGUCAUAGUUUUCCAGGCGUUGCUGCACGCUCUGUAUGUUAUUGUAUUUUAUCCAUUGAUAUGCAGUUGUAUUGGACAUUAA